GCGAAGCCGAACCGCCAGCGUCUCCUCCGCUCCCAGAAGGAGCAAGGUCAGAAGCGCAAGCGGAAGAACCGAGAGGCCCACAAGCGCAAGGUCGCUGAAGACGUUGCGGCCGGCGUCCUGCCGACUUGGCCGGCAAAGAAGUGCUACAACUGCGACACGCGCGGCCACGAAGCCAAGGCGUGCCCCGAGGUCUGCCGCUACUGCAAGGUCGAGGUCCACUUCCACGCGACGUGUCCGAUGAAGGGCGUGCGUCCAGCGGAAUCCGCAGUCAAGUACACAAAGGCGCUUUAA